AUGGGGACAGAACUCAUGAGAGUUUGCUUAAAGGAAGACAACGACGAAUUUCCCUCAGUUCCACCUGGAUUUGAGUCAUUUACAUCUUUCAGCUUAAAAAGGGUGAAUGACAGUGAGAAACAAGAUAGUGAAAACCUAAUCACUUGCAAUGCCACUACUAGUACUUCUGGAUCACAGUCUGUUCCGAUGGAAACUGGUAAUGAUGUUGCUGACGUUGCAAAGAGAUCUCAACGGAGGAGGCCAGGGAUAAAUAAUAGACGGUAUAAUAACUAUGCAGAGGAUGAGUCUGAUUAUGAGAGCCUUGAUCAAAGUUUUCUACAAAGGUCACUUCUUCCUAAGGGGGUUAUACGUGGGUGUCCGGAGUGUAGUACCUGCCAAAAGGUAUCUGCAAGAUGGCAUCCAGGUGAUGGUCAAAGGCCUGACAUCCAGGAUGCUCCAGUAUUCAGGCCAACUGAAGAGGAGUUCAAAGAUACUUUGAAAUACAUAGCGAGCAUACGCCCAAAAGCUGAACCAUAUGGUAUUUGUCGCAUUGUUCCUCCCUCUUCAUGGAGACCUCCCUGUCCUCUCAAGGAAAAGAAUGUCUGGGAGGCUUCUAAGUUUGCUACUCGCAUCCAAAGAGUUGACAAGCUUCAGAAUCGAAAUUCAAUGAGAAAAAUUCCUAAAAGUCAAAAUCAUGCGAGGAAGAAAAGGAGAAGAUGCACACGAAUGGGGGCUGAUUGUCCUGGUGGUGGUAGAGGAUUUGGGGAUGAUGGAAAUUGUGAGGCAGAAAUUUUUGGGUUUGAACCUGGUCCAAUGUUUACUUUAGGAGCGUUUGAAAAAUACGCUGAUGACUUCAAGACCCAAUACUUUAGCAAGAAUGAACAUGUUACUGAUAUAGGAAGUCACUUGAGUGAAGUCAAAGAGCGCUGGGAGCCAUCUGUGGAAAAUAUUGAGGGUGAAUAUUGGCGGAUGGUGGAGAAACCUACAGAAGAAAUUGAGGUUCUAUAUGGGGCUGAUUUGGAAACAGGAGUUUUUGGAAGUGGUUUUCCCAAGAUGUCCCGUCAGGACGGUUCUACUUCAGAGGAGCAGUAUAUAACAUCUGGCUGGAACUUGAACAACUUUCCUAGACUGCCUGGAUCUGUCCUUUCUUACGAAAGCAGUGAUAUAUCUGGUGUUCUGGUGCCAUGGUUAUAUAUAGGGAUGUGCUUUUCUUCCUUUUGCUGGCAUGUUGAAGAUCACCACUUGUACUCUUUAAAUUACAUGCAUUGGGGUGCUCCAAAGUUGUGGUAUGGUAUCCCUGGUAGCGAGGCCUGUAGAUUUGAAGAGGUUAUGAGAAAGCACCUCCCUGACCUAUUUGAAGAACAACCUGACUUGCUUCAUAAGCUGGUAACACAGCUCUCCCCCUCAAUACUGAAAUCUAAUGGGGUACCAGUGUACAGAUGUUGUCAGAAUCCUGGAGAGUUUGUUCUGACCUUUCCUCGAGCGUACCACUCAGGAUUCAACUGUGGUUUCAAUUGUGCAGAGGCAGUUAAUGUAGCUCCUGUUGAUUGGUUGCCACAUGGACAGGUUGCUAUAGAGCUAUACCAAGAGCAGGGACGAAAGACAUCCAUUUCCCACGAUAAAUUGUUGCUUGGUGCUGCAAGGGAGGCAGUAAGAGCACAUUGGGAACUCAAUUUACUGAAGAAGAACACUUUCGAUAACUUAAGAUGGAAAAAUGUCUGUGGAAAGGAUGGAGUCUUAGCCAAAGUUCUCAAGGCACGUGUUGAAAUGGAGCGGGUGAGGAGGGAAUUUCUUUGCAAUUCUUCCCAGGCAUUAAAGAUGGAGAGCAAUUUUGAUGCCACGAGUGAGAGGGAAUGCAGUAUAUGCUUUUUCGAUUUGCAUCUGUCAGCAGCUGGUUGUCAUCAAUGUUCCCCAGAUAGAUAUGCUUGCUUGAAUCAUGCAAAGCAAUUCUGUUCUUGUGCUUGGAGCUCUAAGUUUUUCCUCUUCCGUUAUGACAUCGAUGAAUUAAACAUCCUUCUUGAGGCAUUGGAAGGAAAGUUGAGUGCAGUAUACAGGUGGGCUAGGCUAGAUCUUGGAUUGGCCUUGAGUUCUUAUAUUGGCAAAGACAACAUGAAAAUUGGUAAAUUAUCGCACGCCUCCAAGAGUACUAUGCUUGAAGGAGUGAGCUCACAUCCACAAAGCAAUUGUUUUAAAGAUCAACUGGGGAAAGAAAUCUCUAAAGAUGAUCCAGGAAGGUCAACUGGGAGAGAAGAAUCAUUUCUUAGCACUGCCAACUCUCUGCAGGUUUGCCAGUUGUCACGAGAAGACACAUCCUAUGCUUUGAACUCGGCUGAAAAGGAAUCUGGGAUGAAGAUGACUUCAGUUGAGACUAUUAUACUUCUUAGUGAUGAUGAAAGUGAUGAGCCCAAGAAGGAUGAUGGAAGUGAUGAGCCAACGAAGCUACAUUCAGACAACCUUACAGCGAUAUCUUCUGCUAAUGAGUUAGAACCUUCUAAUAGCUUGGUGGCUCCUGAUGGAAAAGUGAGCCCUUGUAAUGUUGAAAAAGUUGCGGUCUUGAAUUUGCCUGUGACAGACGCAGAUGUUAUGGUUAAAAGAGUUAUUAGUCCGUCGGCUAGUGGAGAUGAAAAAUCUCAUAUUAUAAAUGUGAAAGAUGAACAGGAGAGUGAAGGUCAAUCACGAUCCAAUUCACCUAACCUUCCUUCCGCAUUAGAUUCUGUUGGGGCAGAACAUGGACCAGACACUUGCCAUAUUGGUGGGCCAAAGGUUGCUAUUUCCAGGAGUGACCCGAAAGAUUCACAGCCGUGUGGCAAUAUAAAACCUGAGAAUGAGGACAGACAUGAAAAGAUAGUAAGAAAUGCUGAUGCCAAUAUAGUGGACAAUGUGAGAACUGCAACUGGAAACCCAUCACCCAGCCAAAAUAAUUUGGACAGAUAUUAUCGCCAGAAGGGUCCCCGUAUUGCAAAGGUAGUGCGGAGGAUCACCUGCAUUGUUGAGCCUCUAGAAUUUGGAGUCGUGAUCUCUGGAAAGUCAUGGUGUAACAGCCAAGCCAUUUUUCCAAAAGGAUUUAGGAGCCGGGUUAAGUACAUCAGUGUUCUUGAUCCUACUGUUAGGUGUUAUUAUGUCUCGGAAGUACUUGAUGCAAGACAGGCUGGACCUCUCUUCAUGGUUUCUCUGGAGGAGUGUCCAGGUGAGGUUUUCGUCCAUAAUUCAGUUGGCAGAUGCUGGGAUAUGGUGAGAGAUAGAGUCAAUCAAGAAAUCACGAGGCACCAUAAGUUGGGAAGAUCGAACCUUCCUCCUUUGCAGCCACCUGGGAGUCUUGAUGGCUUUGAAAUGUUUGGGUUUACUUCACCUGUUAUUGUACAGGCCAUCGAGGCAAUGGAUAGGAAUCGUGUUUGUUCUGAGUACUGGGACUCUCGGCCCUAUUCCCGACCUCAAGUACAGAUUCCACAAAAAGCUCCAUCUGAAGAAACUAGAGAAAACUUAAAUGAUCAAGAGGCUGCUGGCGUUAGUCUCUUAUCUAGUGGGGUUGAUGCAAUACUUGGAGGCCUGUUCAAGAAGGCUAACCUAGAAGAAUUAAACUCACUAUACAGCAUCUUAAGUGACAAUCAGCAAACUGUCGGACGAGGCCUAGUGACGCGACUUCUUAAUGAAGAGAUUCAAACUCGUCGGCCAACAUGACCAUGAGCUAUUGCUUACUAGGAUUAGACACCAAACUUGCUCAAUCUGUCAGUUUUGGACUUGUGUAAAUUCUGCGUCCCUGAUUUCAGGUUGUAUGUACAUCUCACUCAACCUGCUUAUUCAUUUAUACUAGGAAAAAGGGGGCGGGGAAACCGGGAGAGAAGAAAAGGCUCUUCUUCUGUAGAGACUAGUGUUGUUUUCUGUGUAGCACUAGGAAACAAUCUUGAGCUAUUUGUACUCACCAAAAAUCCUAGUAUACCCAGUAACAUGAUUAUUGUUCCUAACCAAUCCAGCUAAGUGUUGAUUUUAUGUUAAGUCAUAAUUCCACUAGGAAUCUGAUUGUUCUUUUUC